AUGUCAACGUCUGCACCGGCCACUUCUGCGCCGCGCAAGCCUAUGCCUUCUGCACUGAAGUUCGAUCUGCAUACAAAAUGUUCAACCACGAAAGCUCGUGCCAGUACUCUGCAUCUUCCUCAUGGCUCCGUUCCUCUUCCGAUCUUUAUGCCGGUUGCGACGCAGGCGUCCCUCAAGGGUUUGACGUAUGAUCAGCUAAAGCAGACCGGAUGCAUGCUGUGCUUGAAUAACACCUACCAUUUGGGGUUGAAACCUGGGCAGGCGGUCUUGGACGAGGUGGGCGGUGCGCAUAAGUUGCAGGGCUGGGAUCGAAAUAUCCUUACCGAUAGUGGCGGUUUUCAAAUGGUUUCCUUGCUCAAACUUGCUACUGUCACGGAGGAGGGUGUUCGAUUCCUUAGCCCUCACGAUGGUACACCUAUGCUGCUCACUCCGGAACACUCUAUCUCCCUGCAGAACUCGAUAGGCUCGGAUAUUAUCAUGCAGCUCGAUGAUGUUAUCGCGACCACAUCGCCGGACCACGCGAGGAUUGAGGAGGCCAUGGAGCGAUCGGUGCGGUGGUUGGAUCGGUGCAUCGACGCGCACAAGUACCCCGAGAGACAAAACCUGUUCUGUAUCAUCCAAGGAGGAUUGGAUUUAGAAUUGCGGAGGAAGUGCUGCGCUGAGAUGGUAGCGCGAGAUACCCCGGGCAUUGCCAUCGGCGGACUCUCCGGAGGAGAAGCUAAGGAGGAGUUCUGUAAAGUGGUCGACACUUGUACUGGGCUUCUUCCGGAUCAGAAACCGAGAUAUGUGAUGGGUGUCGGCUACCCCGAGGACUUGAUUGUAGGAGUUGCACUCGGUGCGGACAUGUUUGACUGCGUUUGGCCCACGAGGACAGCUCGAUUUGGAAACGCGGUGGUCCCAUCUGGCACUCUCAACCUUCGCAACCAAAAUUUUGCCCAGGACUUCGGGCCAGUGCAAGAAGGCUGCACUUGUACCAUCUGUCGACCCAAAGAUCAGGGUGGUCUAGGAAUUACACGGGCCUACAUACACCAUUUAGCGGCCAAGGAAACGGUUGGCGCUCACCUCCUUACAAUCCAUAAUGUUCAUUAUCUACUUUCCCUGAUGGGCGCUGCGCGACAGGCUAUCUUGGAGGACCGAUUCCCGGCAUUUUUACGGGAGUUCUUCAGCAAGCUUUAUGGAGAAAAAUCUAAUCCAUCACGUGCUCACGUGCCGCCAAAGAUGUCACCCUCCGCUGAGACACCAUCAACUGGCACAAGCAACGGCAGCACACCGAACCCAGCACACAACCCCAACCAUGAAGAACACCAAUAUCUCAACCUCAUUCGCACGAUCCUCGCCUCAGGCGAAUACCGACCCGACCGCACAGGCACAGGCACACGCUCUAUCUUCGCACCCCCUCAGCUCCGCUUCUCACUUUCAAAACCGGCUCCCAACCCAGCCGAUGACCCCAUUCCCGUCCUCCCCCUCCUGACCACCAAACGCGUCUUCCUCCGCGCCGUCGUCGCCGAGCUCCUCUGGUUCAUCUCCGGCUGCACCUCGUCCCUGCCACUCUCCGACCAAGGCGUCAAGAUCUGGGACGGUAACGGCAGCCGCGAGUUCCUCGACAAAGUCGGCCUGGGCCAUCGCGACGUAGGCGACCUCGGUCCCGUAUACGGCUUCCAAUGGCGACACUUCGGGGCCGAGUACGUCGACGCCAAAACCGACUACACAGGCCAAGGAGUCGACCAGCUCGCCGAGGUCGUGCACAAGUUGAAACAUAAUCCUUUCGACCGCCGUAUUAUCAUGAGUGCCUGGAACCCUGCCGAUCUCAAGAAGAUGGCCCUCCCGCCCUGUCAUAUGUUCGCCCAGUUCUACGUCUCCUACCCCAAUGGUCAAGACCAGAAGGGUCAUCUCCAUUGCCAGCUCUAUCAGCGCUCGUGUGACGUGGCUCUCGGCGUGCCGUUUAAUAUCGCCUCCUACGCUCUCUUGACGCAUAUGCUCGCUUAUGCCGUGGACUUGCAUCCCGGUACCUUUGUUCAUGCCAUGGGUGAUACCCAUGUCUACCUGGAUCAUGUUGAGCCCUUGCAGGAGCAGCUGGUGAGGGAGCCGACUGAGUUUCCGGAGUUGAAGAUUCGUCGCGAUGAUCGGGGUAGUGGGGUGGUUGAUGGCUGGAAGCCGGAGGAUUUGGAGGUCGUCGGAUAUAACCCUCAUAAGGCUAUCAAGAUGAAGAUGAGCGUUUAG